CCACACAACACAAGCACAAGCACAAGCAGCUAGCUAGCCUGCAGCUCGAUCACACUAGCUAGCACUUUUGCUCUCGAUCAGUAGUAGCAUCAUCAUCUUCCAUGGCAAUGGCACCGAGAGCGGCGCUCCUCCUGGCCAUGGCGCUGACGGUUCUGGCGUCGACGGCGAGCGCGCACGGUGGGUACGGCCACGGGACGUGCCCCAAGGACGGGCUGAAGCUGAAGGCGUGCGUGGACGUGCUGGGCCUGCUCAAGGUGAAGGUGAACGUGCCGCGGUACGAGCCCUGCUGCUCGCUGCUCGACGGGCUCGUGGGCCUCGACGCCGCGCUCUGCCUCUGCACCAGGCUCACCGCCGACGUGCUCGGCCUAGUCCAGCUCGACCUCCCCAUCGACCUCCGCCUCCUCCUCAACAACUGCGGCAAGGUCUGCCCCGACGACUUCCGGUGCCCCGGCCACUACUAGAAGCACAUCAUCAGCCACUGCGUGGAGUUUGAUGAACAAGCGCGUUUCGAUUGCGCGGUGAUGUUGUUUUGGUUUUAAUUGUGAUUUGUAAACUUGUUUGCAUGUUUUUGUUGUUGUUUUGGAGCGCGCUGCGCAUAUGUAUUUCUUACUUUCACGUCAUAUGUUAAGUUACAUUUUGUUUUCCGAAUGAAAUAUGCAAUAUCGAGUACUUUCGUGACA